GUAGGUGGUUCACCAUAAGAACUACGACGACGUCGAGGCACCGAUGCGAACCGGCGUGUGGAAACUUUGACCGGCAUCGUUGACUCAUUCUUGCCAUGGCUCCAUCGACAAACGUGAAACCAUUCGUAGUGAUUCGCAAGCACGAAAGCCAGGACAAUGCUGCGUUGCAGCGACUUAUCAGAGAUUUCGUCAUGUCCGGAGCUUGGGAAGCGUUUGUGUCGUGCUUAUUUCGCGAGAUAACGUUGCAGCUGAUCGUACUUGGUUGGGCGCUUAUGUUCAUCUUCUUCGGUAUUCCCCUAUACAUGUGCGCUAUUGCCAUACCCUGCGUCAUAGCGCUGAUAUGGUUCACAGUGUACGGCAGUUACUACAAUAAAUCGAACGAGCUCGCUCUGCGCUCGAACAAACUGUGCUGGGUGGCGGAAAUUUACGAACCACUGCUAGCGGUGUCAACAAAAGCGCAGGCGUUGCAAAUCGAACGAUGCUACACGGAUCGUCCCGGCCCGGAAGUGCAGCAAGAGUUGGGAAAGAUGAGAAGGAACAUUGUCGGUACGAUAAGUUGCCGCAACCAUUUGGCUAUGGAUAAUGCCGGGUUCAUAACCCGGUUAGCCGUCAGCCCAAAGUACGGUCUGACACCGGUGACGGAAUACCUCAUACAGCGAGUACUGCAGCACGCCGCUGAUAGCCAACUGUACGCGAUCGAAACUGUAACGUCGGAGUGCGAUCAGGAUGUGCGAGAAAUUUAUCUCAAAAUUGGCUUCACCAUACGGCAAGUCUAUCACAAACAAAUCAUCGGCAACACGUUGAAAGUGAUGAAAUCUCAGCUUGGAAUCGAUCUGCACGAGUGGAAUCAAAACCGGGAGCAAAUUAACGUUGAAGUGCCCGUGGAAUAGGAAAUAAGUCUGUUCCGUGUUUGGCACACGAGCAUCAGCAUUCAAUUCGCCGAUCAUUCCGCUAUUAUCUCAUUCAUGCGUUCGUAAGUGUAGACUAGAAUUUGCGCGGCCGUCGCAAUGCACAUUCGAAAUGACGGUAUUUGUUUAAAAAUGUUUUCUUUCGUAUUAGUAUUACAAAUGUGACAUAUGGAAGUAAGGUAAACGUGCUUGGCGACGAAUUUUUACCCUUCGAUCAAUAAAUGGAACAAAAGCAGAAAUAACACU